AUGAUUUUUAAAGUUCUAUUCUCAAUCCUUAUUCUUACUAAUUGUUGUACUUUAAAUUAGAUAUAAAAAAAUACUAGAAUCUUAAGGGGAUAUUAUAAAGAUGUGCUUAAUUAUCAAUAAAUUAAUUUAAUUAGUCGUAAGAAUACAUAUUUCAAUGGUGGUUUAUUGAAUUCUUAACUAAAUCGAGAUGCAAUUUAUUAUGUAAAUACAGGAAUUGGGUACACUUUUUGUUCACUUCAUCAUUCAAUUGAAAUCUUUUUGUUUAAGAAAUAUUAACUUAACACUAUUGUUAUUGAGAUUUGGAAUCGUUCAGCUAACCCUCAUUAUGAUUUCGAAGUUUAUAUUGGCUAUUUAGAAAAUGAAAAAUAGAUCUAUGAAAAUUCUUCAUUUGCAGGAAUUAUAAGAAUUAGAUUUGAAGAUCAAUUAGUUGAUAAGAUUAGAAUUUACAAUAGAGGAGGAUCUAAUUAUAAUGGAAAUUUAUCAGUUAUUAAAGUUUAAGCAUUUUACUAGAUUUAAAAUUGA